CAAAUUAGAUUAUCUAUCUAUGAAUUCUAUGAUAUUGUUUUGCAAACAGUAAACAAUAUUUUUAAUUGAAUAUUAAAUCACAAUUUUGUUCCAUAUUUGUUUUCUCAGAAACUCGAGCAAUAUGGAAACAUCCAACACCAUUGUCACUAAUAUUUUCAAACCAUUCCAACAUCAUAUUAAUGCUGAACAAGAUCUCAGAGAAGAAAUUCGCAACAUUAUGAAAGAUAUCGAAAAGCCUCUUCGUGAAAUAAUCACUCAACUGCAAGUUAUCCAUCAUAAGGAGAACUGUGAACAAAUUGGAGUAGCAUGUCAGAAAUCUAGAGAAUUAUUUGAAGAAGUUCGAAAUGGCUUCGACAGACUAGAUAAAAUAAUUCCUGAAGGACAGUAUUAUAGAUAUAAUGAUCAUUGGAGGUAUCCAACACAACGUCUCUGUUUUCUAGCUGCAUUAAUUGUAUACCUAGAAAAAGGAUUCCUGAUUGAAAAAGAUACUGCAGCUCAAAUUAUUGGAAUGGAUGGUAAGGAACAUCUUCAUUUGGACUUGGAAGACUACCUUAUGGGAUUAUUAAAUUUGGCAACUGAAUUAUCUAGAUUUGCAGUAAAUUCAGUAACCUAUGGCAACUAUAAUCGUCCUCUAGAGAUCUCCAAAUUUGUUGCAGAACUGAAUGCUGGUUUUCGUUUACUAAAUUUGAAAAAUGAUUCUCUUAGAAAACGAUUUGAUGCUCUGAAGUAUGAUGUUAAGAAAAUAGAAGAGGUUGUUUAUGAUCUUUCAAUAAGAGGUCUACUUCCGGGAGGUGAUCAAGCUUCUACUGAACCAACCUCUGAUACUCAAGAUAGUUGAGUAAAUUUUAAGUUAUUUAAAGAAUAAUGUUUUGUUACUAAAUGUCAAUUAUACUUGACUUGAUAAAAUGGUUUCAUAACAAUUAAAAUGAAUGAUCAUUCAA